CGCGCGGUCCCUGUCUGUGCGCAGGCGAUCCUGGUGCACGCCCGGCCCGGCGCUGAGCGAGUGACAGCCACCCACCAGCUGAAGAUGCCGCACGCCAGCCUGCUCGCCGCCGCGGUCCUUCUGUUGGUGAUCUUAAAGGAGCAGCCUUCCAGCCCAGCCCGGCUCAACGGAUCCAAGUGGACCUAUGUUGGUCCUACUGGGGAAAAGAGCUGGUCUAAGAAGUACCCGUCGUGUGGGGGACUCCUGCAGUCCCCAAUAGACCUGCACAGUGACAUCCUCCAAUAUGAUGCCAGCCUCAUGCCCCUGCAGUUCCAAGGUUACAAUGUGUCUGCCGAUAAACUGUUGAACCUGACCAAUGAUGGUCAUUCAGUGAGACUGAAUCUGAACUCGGACAUGCAUAUCCAGGGCCUCCAUGCCCACAAAUACAGGGCUGAACAAUUACACCUGCACUGGGGAAAUCGCAAUGACCCACAUGGCUCUGAACACACUGUGAGUGGGAAGCACUUUGCAGCUGAGUUGCAUAUUGUCCAUUACAACUCAGACCUGUACCCUGACUUUAGCACCGCCAGCGAUAAGUCAGAAGGCCUUGCUGUUCUUGCUGUUCUCAUUGAGAUAGGCUCCGUCAAUCCAUCAUAUGACAAGAUCUUCAGUCACCUUCAACAUGUAAAGUACAAAGGCCAACAAGUGCUCAUCCCAGGCUUCAAUAUUGAAGAACUUCUCCCUGAGAGCCCUGCUGAGUACUACCGCUAUGAAGGGUCCCUGACCACGCCUCCUUGCUACCCUACAGUGCUCUGGACAGUUUUCCGUAACCCUGUGCAGAUUUCCCAGGAGCAGCUGCUGGCUUUGGAGACAGCUUUGUACUGCACACACAUGGACGAUCCUUCCCCCAGAGAAAUGGUCAACAACUUCCGGCAGGUCCAGAAGUUUGAUGAGAGGCUGGUGUAUAUCUCUUUCCGACAAGUAGGAAUCCUUACCGACACAGGACUGAGUUUGGGCGUCAUCCUUUCAGUGGCCCUGGCUGGUGUUCUUGGCAUCUCCAUUGUCCUUGCCGUGUCUAUCUGGCUCUUCCAAAGGAAGAAAAGCAAAACAGGUGACAACAAGGGAGUCAUUUAUAAACCAGCCAUCAAGAAGGAGACUGAGGCCCACGCCUGAGGUCCCUGGCACUCCCAGACAUCCAAGGAAGGAUCUUGCUUUGGACACUACAUACUUGGGCUCUCUGGACACUUUAAAUACCUCAAGGUGGUCACUGGGGCUCAACUGUAACCUCUCUUCCCCCAAGACUCUUGUAAUGCCUCCAGCUGGACCUCUCCCUGUCCUGUUGCCAUAGCCAUCCCAGGAUGACCAAUGGGUGGGAUGAGCUCCUGGACCAGAAGGCAGGAGCUCUGAGUGGAUUGCUCUACCUAUGUGAGGUGGCUAAACAUCAUGGAUUCGGAGUCACAAACAUUACCUGCUGGUGGGCUGUUGGGGUUUGGGAAACAUUUCCAUCCAGGGCUCCUCUUGUAACAAUUUUCAUGGUCCUGGAAAUUCUAGCUAUUCUCUAAUCUUUCAGUCUAGAAUGUAUAUCCUUUGUUCGGAUGAGACUUUCAAAACUCAGCUUCUUUCCACCAGGAGGAACUGUCUUCCUUGAAUUUCCCUUCCGUCUGAUCUCACAGAUAAGGGGAUGAGUUGAGACAGGAAAAGAUCAGAUUAUCAGAAAGAAAAUGAAAUCUUUGUAAUAUAUUGAGGCAUUUUCAUAGUCCUGUCUUUUGGGUUAAAAACACUGACCAGACCUUACAGCGAGGCAAGUCCAAGUUCCAUUUCUUAGGAAGGAUGAAAGGGAGACGGAGGAGACAGAAGGAUGAGAGGGAAAUGGAGUGAAUGGGAAGGCAUGCGUUAUCUGGGGUAGUCUCCCUUUGGAGUCAGAACUGGAAUCAAAACACAAUGUAAGAAAGACCAAGUAUUAAGUCACCCCCUACCCAGCAUCAGUAGGGAAAUUGUAUUUGACACUCUACUCCUUGAGAAUGAGUUGCUUCCUCUCCCCUCCAGUAGAUGUGAGUUCUAGAAUGAUCUACUCUGUUUUGAACUCACGGGAAACAGGUAGAAGCAGAUCAUUGUUCGACUUUGUCUCUUUUGCUCAAAUGUCAGUUCUGCCUUGUCUGAUAUGCCUACUGCCAACUUGGAGUCAGGGCUUGUCUACUCCUCUAACUUUGAGGAAGCCUAAUUGUGGUUUAGUUAAAAUGUCUUUUCACACUAUGAAAGGAAGCUAUCUGUGUAGGGAAUAGCAAGGUCCUGGCAUUUAAGGGCCAAUAACAAUGGAGUGUUCUUAAGACUCCCUAUUCGUUACCCCAGUCACCAGUUUCUGAGAAGACUUGAUCCCGUCCACAUAUUCUUCUGGUAGAGGUGAGAAUCCUGUGGAUAGCAUUCAGUUCCAGGCCUAAGUAGAAGCCUCAACCAGCAGCCCCUAAUUGCUAGUUCCUUGCAGUUCACAGGGAGUUUUCUGAUUCACAGUCUCAUUUUGACAGCAUGGAAUGUCUUCUUGAAGCACAAGUUUCUUUAUAAUAUGUUUCCUUCUAUUCCUCUUGACUUGAUAAAACUUUCUUUUUCUACUGCUACAAAUUUUCAGGAUGGUAAGUCUUUGUAGUGUAAUUCACUGGGCAAAGUUACAGGUGACCUGAUAGGGGCUCAGAUGUGUGGUGUGUGCAGAUGAGAUCUCUUACAGCCUUGGAGCCUGGGUGCCACCACAGCCUUGUAACUGACAUGUCUGAUGGCAUCAUAGUGAGGACAACCCUCAAAACAUGAUUUAGGUGGUUUCUUGGCCUUCGUCCAAACUCGCCAAUCAAAAACCAACAAUAAACUUCUCCCAAGCAGUGAGGUUCUUUCAGAAAACCAUCCACAGAUGUGUUCUGGGAGAGAACAAGGAGCUCAUCGUACCUGGCACAAGAGCUGGUUGUAAAAGGAGACGUGCUGGGAGGCAAAAAUAGUGGCAUUUCUCCUUCCCACUUCUCCUUCAGCAUGGCCCAGGCAUUCAGUCCUCGUUCAGUCCUCAUGGCUGAGAUGAAACAAAGUCAGAGAGGCAGAAAGAAUGCUCCAAGAAUCAGCACCGUCAACCUCUAAUUCUGGAAGAUCCAACUUUCUUCAGACUCUCAAUCAUUCUGUGAAUACCCAGUUGCCACUGCAGGAAACCAGUGCUGUGGUGAGGCAUAGAUGCCUUGAACCCUUUAACUCUUGUGCAAGGUGUGAGGUGGGUGCCUAGGAGAGAGCCCAGGCGGGUGCAGGGCUGGGCCCCUGACAGGUGGAGAGGACCAAUAGAAGACAUGGGUGGGUGGGGGCUCCUACUGGUAGCACAGGGAAGGCCCUGAUUUCUGCAGCCUUUCCUCUGCCUCUAACUGGGAACCCCAAGUUUCUGUUCUUUAGUAUUGUCUAGUAUCAACAGUAGAACCCAUACCUGAAGCUUUAAUAGACCUUGUAGAAUUUGCUGCACUGACUCUCCCAAUCAUGUUUCAAUUCCUCUCCCUCUCAACACUCUCUGAAGGCCUCCUGAUUGGCCCUGAGGAAGCACUGGGGGUGACAGCAUCCUUAGGUCCCUGCGCUUCAGACUGUAGGCCACUAUCAUGAUGGUUUGUUUAGCACUUCCAUAUUUAUUAUUGUACCAAUGAUUGUAAUGAAGACAUACACUGAAAAUAUGAGAAAUAAUAAUAAAAUGUUUUUCAUAUCA